AUGCUGGUAUGUUUGUGGUGUAUUCCAUUGGAUUUUUUAUUUGGUGGUUUGGAACCCGGAAGAGUGACGGAACUUCUGCAGCCGUUCGCGAAUCUGCUUGCUGACAGACAAAUCUCAGGAUAUUUGUUCGAUUCAAUUUUACGAGAGAUAUUCCUGACGAUAUUGCACGAUUAUGCGGAUCAGAAAGCUGCAGCCGCUGAGGCGAGUAACGCCGACGAAGGUGAUGAAGAUGACGGUAUGGAUGGCGACGAAACGCAGGGCAUGGAACAAGAAGAGGAAGAAAGUGGUGCUGCUAGUGAUAGCAGUCGAAUAAAG